AUGAUAAGUGAAGGAAAACAAGCAGCGAUUGAAAAGACAGAGGCUGCAAAAGCUCGAGCUCUAGAACUAGAAUUGUUAAGAUCCAGCAACAAAAGCGAAGUGAUCAGUAACGAUGGUUGGAAAGAUGAUGUUGACAACGAACGAAUGCAGUAUAAAACAUCCGCUAACGAACUUAUUUCGAUCAAGCAAGAGCUCACUAACCUUAAACAAGAUUUCGAUGCCGCCUUAGAAGCUAAGUUGGCUGCUUUUCAACAGGCUGCAGAUGCCCAACAUGCUGCAAAAGUCAACCAUGAGAAAAUGGUUGAACUCGCCAAAGAAGUCGAGAACAUGCGUGAAACCCUUCAUCGGGUGAAACUUGCUUCCGAGAAAGCUCAUGAAGAGCAUUUGAAUGUUAUUGACGAAAAAGAAGCCCGAAUACAGCCAAUCAGAAAAGCUAAAGAAGAGAUUGACUUAAAAAUUCAGUCUUUGAGAAAAGGAAGUGAAGUAUCAGAACUUAGAAGUUUAGGACAAAAACUUGAAGAAACAACCGAAGCCAUUAAUGUGUUAGAAGAACAGUUAACGGAGGUGCGAGCUGCAGAUAUGCAGACUUUAGAAAACGCCAAAUUAGAGGUCGAAGAAGCCAAAAGGCGAUUUGAAGAUAUAAAAGAAGAAGAAGCUUCACUUGCAGCCGUGGUGGAAACACUGAAGCAAGAGCUCGAGAAUGUGAAGCAGGAUAUAUCUUUGUUGAAGGGAGAUGACGCAAAGAGGGAGCAACAGCAAGUCGAAUUAGACAAACUUAAACAGGAAAUCGAAGAGGCAACGACAGAAUUAACAAAAGCGACAAAUAGUAUCAAGGAACUAGAACUAAAGAUAAAAGAGACGAUUUCUGAAGCAGAAAAGGCGAAAAAAGAAGAAGAAGAGCUCAAAAAACAAGCAGAUACCCUUGCGAGACAAGCUGAACAUUCUGAGGCUGCCAACAAAGAAGCAGAAGAAAAGCUAGAGACUGCUCUGAGAGAGCUCGAAAAGGCAAAAGCAGCAGAACAGCUAGCAAACGAUCAAAUACGUAAAAGGACUUCAAAGAAUUCUGGGUCUGCUACGGAUUCAGCUAACGAUAACAAGAUCAGGCUAACGAAUCAAGAGUAUGAAGCUUUGAGCAAGAAAGCCGAAGAAGCAGGAAAAGCAGCUGAUGCAAAAGUGGCAACUGCUAUGGCUCAGGUGGAAACCAUUAAGAAAAAAGAGCGACAAACUCUCAUGAAGCUGGAAAAGAGUAUGGAAGAAACUAAAGAAAUAGAAGCUGCACUUUGUGACGCUUUAAAGAUGGCUGAGAUGGCGGAGGCAGCAAAACAGGCAAUAGAAAGUGAACUCAGAAAGUGGAGAUACAAGGAACAGAAUGAUGGUGUUGCAUAG